UUUGACUUCAGCCUGAACGUUGCUGUUAUGUGGCUGUCGUGUUGUUCCAGACGUUAACGCUAGCCAGCUAAGCCAAAAUCUCGCCGUGGUGGUUGGCUAGUUAUUUCAUUUAAUUCGCCUACUUUAAGCGGUUAUCAAGUCUGGACGAGACCGAUGAUGCAUCUAAUAUCUCACGCUGGAGCUAAACAACGUGCCCGGUCGAUAUUUUACCCUAGCUUAUUGCAGUUGGAGACCUUGAUGGACGUCCGGCUGCUAGCUCGGCUAAGCUACCGUUAGGUUUUAAGUAAUGGCCUCCCAGAAUAUGGAUCCUGCGGCAGCCUCGUCCACAGCUGCUUUAAAAGGAAACGAAACUGGCGGAAGUGUACCGAAAGGCUCCGUUUCGAAAAGGCUUCAACAAGAGCUGAUGACGCUUAUGAUGUCUGGAGAUAAGGGAAUUUCCGCAUUUCCAGAGUCUGACAAUCUCUUCAAAUGGAUUGGCACAAUAGAUGGGGCACAAGGAACAGUGUAUGAAGGCUUGAGGUAUAAACUGUCAUUGGAGUUUCCCAGUGGAUACCCCUACAAUGCCCCACGAGUGAAAUUCAUCACUUCCUGCUUCCACCCAAAUGUUGACGAGAAUGGGUUCAUCUGCUUAGACAUUUUAAAAGAGAAGUGGUCGGCUCUCUAUGAUGUUCGAUCCAUUCUGCUAUCCAUUCAGAGUUUACUUGGAGAGCCCAACAAUGAUAGCCCUAUGAACUCUGUUGCUGCUGAAUUAUGGGAUAAUCAGGAAGCCUUCAAAGCCCAUUUGCACGCAACCUACAAGAAUUGACCCCCACAGUUUAACAUGCCUGUCUCUCCUCUCCCCUUCCAUUUCUGUGUGACCUUUUUUUUUUUUUUCUUUUUUUUUUUUUUCUUCCUUGCUUAUAAUUAUGUAAAUUAACCUGAGUCUGUUUAAUGUACAGUAUUUGUAUGUUGAAUUUAACUUGUCUGAAUAAAAUGACCUUCAGUA